AUGGGUUGGUCCGGCAACUGCGUGUUUUUCGACAAUUUCGACCAUGAAAACAUUUUCCACUGUCUUUGUUGCGACGAAAGUAAUGACAGCUUGCAGACAAUGCAGAUGCUUGUCAACAACGUCAACAGUUACUUGUUGCGGCAGUAUAAUUCCUGUGGACAACAAUGUGUGCAUAUCGUAGCCAGUCGAGACACUCCUGAAGCCCAAAGAAAAUUCGAAUUUCUAAUUCGAUGGGGUGCUGAUGUCAACAGCAAAAACAAGUGUUGUGGUGUUACUCCUUUGCACAUCGCAGCUCUCACCAAGAAUUACAGACUGGCCAAUUUGAUUUGCCAGCAACCAGGCAGAGCACUCGACAUCUGCAACGUCGAUCAGAAAAUUCCGUGGCGUAUCGCUUAUAAACUGGAGGAUCGGAACAUGAUGUGGCUGCUACGAGUGCAUGGUGCUCAAUGUGAAGUGUCUGAUGUGGAAGUUGAUGAUAAAAUCUGA